GGGUUUUCUCAAACGACCGAGAAAGUGAUGAUCGUCGCCGUCGAUGACAACAAGCACAGCGCCUACGCGCUGGAGUGGACGCUCGAUACCUCUGCAAACCCAGGCUUUCAAUUUUCCCAGACGGCGAAGAAGCAAGUGAUGAUCAUCGCCGUCAAUGAUGGCGAGCACAGCCCGGGUGUGAGUGUGGAGUGGACGCUCGAUCACUUCUUUGUUCCUCUAGGUGAUAGUGCCUUGUUCAAUCUCGUCAUCAUUCACGCCAAACCUUUUGCUACUAUUAUUUUCAGCCUUCUUCUUCUUCUCUCAAACCCAGAUCUGGAGGUAGGCAGCAACAAGCGAAAGUACGAGGACCAGACCCUUCCAUCGUCUGGUGGAAGAAGGCCCACCGGCUUCUCAUCUCCAGAUUCGGUGCCUCGCUCUUACAAUAGCGUUCCACCGCCUCUCGAUGGCAUUAAGAUGGCUAAGCAAUGUGCUCAAGAGGUCACGGCUCGCCUCACCGCUGCAUCUACUCUUGCUAACACCAAGCAUCCUUGCGUCGAGAACGAUUCUAGCGAUUUUGAUAACAAAAAGGCUUUAUUCCUGCUCCAUAUGUGCUUUACUCUUGCUAGGUUGCUGUCUGAGAUAGAGAAGAGGGAUGGAAUGAUAGGUCCGCAGCAAAUGAUAGGUCCGAAGAUGAUAGGUCCGCAGCAGAUGAUAGGUCCGAAGAUGAUAGGUCCGCAGAUGUGCCUUGUUUAAUAUAAUGGAAUGAUUUGUAUUGCUUUUUUUAUUAUCAUCAGCUUCAUUAGAUCAUUAAUUUAUGUGAUGAAACCCAGAUUUGGGUUUGAGAGAAAAACCCAGAUCUAGGUUUGAGAGAAAAACCCAAAUUUGGGUUUGAGAAAGGAAGAAGAAGGAAGAAGAAAGAGAGAGAAUAAAAAGAAGAAUGAGCG